GUUUUGGGAGGAUCAAGAUGGCGGAUAUCUGCUUUCAGCGACUUCAGUUUUGGUGGCCAAUGAGCCAUCCAGGGUUUUUUUUUGUUUUUUUUUUUUAGAUCAGUGGUCCUCCCUUCCACUGUGAACGCCGCUUAUCCUGCAUUGUUUUAUCGAUGAACAUUUCACAAAAUUUAGAUAUUUACUCCUUAUCUCCAUCAGAGGCCGGCAGCAACUGAGGGCCGACCGCGGAGAACGUCAGCAUGCUGUCGCUAGCUGUGCUUUACCUCCUGGCUGCAAGAUGGACGCACGCUCUCCCGCUCUAUCCCGACUCCAGCGUGGAGACACCGCCAGAUUUCCUUCAUAAGCUGGUGUCAGAAGAUGCGUCGUACAACACAGACGGGGAGCACAAGCAGGCGAAUAAUCUGUAUCCUCUGUUGAUGCAGCAGAAUGGGCAAAGGGAAUCCUGGAGUAACGGGCCAAGGGAUGCAGCUCAACCGGAGAAUUAUGCAAACAUGAUUGACGGUCUCAAGGCGAUGGUCCUGAAGCUGGCGGCGGCCGACAAGCUUCGCUCUCAAGCUUUCGUCAGGUCUGAGCAGGGCUUGCCCAAAACCAGCAAAAGAGCGUGUUUCUGGAAAUACUGCGUGACCAAUUAGACGCCAGCGGAGAAACCGCCACAGGACUUCAUUCACUUCGCCGAAUUAAAAUAUUAACUGAGAAAGAAAAUCUAUUUUUUAAAGUUGUAAAGAUGUCUUUUGUGACCUAAUAAACUAUUAUCCAAUUGAUGCAUGUGUUAUUUGCCAUACUUCUACCUGGGCUGCAACUGUAUGAUGCUUUUAGACUUGAUCGUCCCAUCGAUUCGUGAAGUAAUUGUACACACAUCUUUGCGUUAUUAAACAAGAAAGUGUGCACGGGAAGCGCGAGUUUCAUUUUUUCCCCACUUGAGGUCGCCGUCCACACUUCCCACCAAUGUAAUACCCGCGCAACUGAGUGUGUGUCGCUUUGAAAAAUGGCGCCUGGCCCGCUGAGUGAUGUGGACACGACUGACUAAACAUUAGCCAGGUCUGGGUGUUGAAUUGAUGUCAUUUUUUCCAUUUAUUCAACCUUCGUUUAACAACCAUUCAGAAGUUCGUCAUCUACAAUGUCAACUUGACCGCAGACAGCGAGGCAAAACAAGGCAAUUCUGAUUCUGAUUCUGAAUAAAAGCAAGAACACGAAAGUACAAAAACAACAAACUUGUUGGUAACUUUUGGCCAAAGCAGCUUCCGUAUGAAUGUAUCGUGCAUAUUUCUGCUUUACAGCCGAUAAAUUUCACUUUAAUCUUCAUUUUUAACCGUGAAAUGAUCACAAAUUUUGUGACGUUCUGUGCAUGGCGCAAAUUCUGUUUUGAGUGCUUGUGAGUCUGCUGUAAUAUUAGUCUGUUAAAAAAUAAUCAAUAAUUUAGCUUUGAUAUAUCAUGGUGGAUCAGCUGGCAAAGCGUUGGCCUCACACUUCUGAGGUCACAGGUUCAACUCCGAACCCGCCUGUGUGGAGUCUGCGUGUUCU